AUGGAGAUAAAAGAUAGUUUAUAUUUAAUACGUAAAUUAUUAAAUCCUAUUCCUCAAUAUAUAUUGGGAUGCCUACCUGCUGUUGCAAUAGUGGGUGACACCCCGAAAGAGAAGUUGACAGAAAAGUUAGCAUGGGUAUUACGAUGUCUUGGUUGUCCAUUUACAGGAUUAUUUUAUUCCUGCAAUGUGGGUAGCAAUAAGACAGAUCAAUGUUUAUUCUGGCUUCCGUCAGAUUAUUUUAAAUGCGAAAACGACGGACAGCUAUAUCCAAUUAAAGUCAGACCUGUCGGAAUUCAUGGAAAGAUACUGGAACCAAAUGAAAAACAACGUAUAUCUGCAGAGAUAAAACGAUGCACAGCAAGAGCUUCUGUCCUAGAAAGAUUAUCAUCAUUAGUGUCAGCAUAUUACAUAUUUGUUGGUAUAAUAGCAGGAAUAUCUAGGGUGACAAACCAAACUAAUGUCUGUGAGGAUUGGCCAUACAUACCAUUACUAUUAUCCUGGACAAUUCCAUCAAUCUACAAGAGAAUAAUUUGGGGGCAUCUAAUUGUUAAAAAUCCUAAGAUAGAAAUGGAAGAUUUACAACCAAUAACAUUGAAAGAGAUCAAUGACGAUGAAAUUAGAAACCACAAACGUUUUACCGUUACGUUUACUGCUUUUGCAUCAAUACUUUUUCCCUGGAUAACGGUACUCCUGGCCUAUUUCACACCUCCAAUUGGAUAUCGUUGUCGGAGUAAAUACGUUUCAGUAUUGUGUGCUAUUUGGUCACUAAAUAGCGCUUUGGCGUAUUUAUGUCAUUUGAAAGGAGAAAGAGGCGUAUCCAAUUUUUGUUUUGGGAUCUUUCAUAUAUGGUUUUCUAUUUGUGGUUUUGUAGUAGCAAUGUUAAUAUUUUUUUUAGGCAUUCUAACAAAUAAUAGUGAAUGGUGGACGACAAUUUUCGGACCAUCUUGUGAUAUUUUGGAUACUACAUGCACUUAA